GCCCGCAGCCGCGCCCACUGUGCAGAGCCAGAGGGAUGGUGGCAGUCACGGGGCGGGAGCCAGACAGCCGUCGCGCGGACGGUGCCAUGUCCAGCUCCGACGCCGAGGACGACUUCGUGGAGCCGGCCACCCCGACGGCCACGCAGGCGGGGCACGCGCUGCCCCUGCUGCCCCAGGAGUUUCCUGAGGUUGUCCCCCUUAACAUUGGAGGGGCUCACUUCACCACACGCCUGUCUACCCUGCGGCGCUAUGAGGACACCAUGCUGGCGGCCAUGUUCAGCGGGCGGCAUUACAUCCCCACCGACGCCGAGGGCCGGUACUUCAUUGACCGGGAUGGCACGCACUUUGGAGAUGUGCUGAAUUUUCUGCGCUCAGGCGACCUGCCGCCCCGGGAACGUGUACGGGCUGUGUACAAAGAGGCCCAGUACUAUGCCAUCGGUCCCCUCCUGGAGCAGCUAGAGAACAUGCAGCCUCUGAAGGGGGAGAAAGUGCGCCAGGCAUUUCUGGGACUCAUGCCCUAUUACAAAGACCAUUUGGAGCGGAUCGUGGAGAUUGCCCGGCUGCGUGCGGUACAGCGGAAGGCCCGCUUUGCCAAGCUCAAGGUCUGUGUCUUCAAGGAGGAGAUGCCCAUCACCCCCUACGAGUGUCCGCUUCUCAACUCCCUGCGCUUUGAGCGGAGCGAGAGCGAUGGGCAGCUCUUUGAGCACCAUUGCGAGGUGGAUGUGUCUUUUGGGCCCUGGGAGGCUGUGGCUGAUGUUUAUGACCUACUGCACUGCCUGGUCACGGACCUCUCAGCCCAGGGCCUCGUCGUGGACCACCAGUGCAUCGGGGUGUGUGACAAGCACCUCAUCAACCACUACUACUGCAAGCGUCCCAUCUAUGAGUUCAAGAUCACGUGGUGAAGUCCUUCACUGAAUUUGCUCUGAUCGGUGUUACUGCCUAAUGCAAACUCAUUUUUGGACAGACACUGAGGCAAGCUCUUCGGGAGAAAGCUGGUGUGAGUAGAAAGGAGACAAUUAAUCCCAGUGCUUUCAGUUAUCUGGCCUUGGCUCCUUCUCGUUCCCACCGCUGGCACAGGGCAUCACAGUAUUUUGGUUAGAGUCCAAACAUGGAAGACAGAGUGACUGGUAGGCUCCGAUGUAAGUUUGCUCAAAGAUAGGCCCUGAACACUAGCUUAGGGCUACAUGAAUGCUGCAGGAGGACACUGUCCCCAGGCCUCUUGCUAGAGACACUCCUUUGGACCAUCUGGCCCUGUUUUGUCCUCACAGUGGUGCACUCUGUGCCACUGUGGGAGAGACAAGGCUCUGGGCCAGUAGACCAGGCGGGCAGAGCAGGGAUACUGGCAGCCAGCUUCGAGCUCUUUUCAAACGAAGUAAAAGAAUUCAGUGGCCCAGUUUGGCCCUUCUCUGAUGAGAAGCCAAGGCCAAGAUGAAAAGUGCUUUUGGAUGUGGUGGUUUGUGAUAAUGGCCUCCAGAUAAAGGUCGUAUCUGAGGAAGUGACUUUUCCCAGUUGGAUCCCUUCUCAAGUCUAAAUGGUCAGGUCUAGAGCAUAAGAAAGGCUGGGUUAGGAAGGAGGGCUCCGAAGGAUGAAUGCUUGUUCCCAGUCCAAGGGAGUACGUUUUCAUUGAAUUCUUGUGCGUAAUAUUGAUGGGUUAAACCAAGUGCCUGCCUUUGGUGCUUCAGUUCUGUUUGACUUUGGGCACCUUUCUCCCUGGUGUCGUGCUCGCCGGCUGGGAAGGUGAAAGUUUGAGGGGCUAGGGUUGUAUGGUGCAAUAGCAGCCGUUACAAAAUUCCGCAAAAAUGAAAAACUUAAUGGCAACAAAUGAGAUCGAAACAAAACCACAACGAAACCCGACAGCAUGCCAGAUGGAGGAGCUCUUUGGGUAACUCUCUAAAUAGAAGAGAGAGACGAAUCGCCAGCAUCCUUACUCUACCUCUGGGGUAACUCACGAGGCUGCCCAUUGCCCAUCCUGUGCAGAGAGUCAACUGUGCUCUGAAAGUUUCUGUUCGUUCUUCCUGGGGCUUAGGGUGUUCUGGAGGCUGUCGGAGCCUUGUGCCUCAGGCGGGUCAGGUGACACAGCCUUCCUGCUCUGGGUUGCUUGUUGGGGGACUAGAAGAAUGACAUUUGCAAGCCACAAAGUGGGGUGAGCCUCAGUGUGCAACCUUGGUCCAAGCCGGAUCCUAAAGAGGUUAAGACAAAUGACAGCAGCAACAGAACAAAACUGCUUCACUGAGCAUUUUGAUCCCAGGUAGAAUUUUACCUCUACCUGGGAUCUGUCCGUAUUUGAUUCCAAGUGAUUAAGCUUUCUUAGGUACCUUUCACUGGGGCUCGUUCAUGAAGGCAGUGCCUGCCUUGUGAUCCUUGAAAGAGGGAGGCUUUAUUCAUCAGAAGCCGGAGCGUGGGGAUGUGGGGUGAAAGAGGCACUUUUUGGAACUCUGGAAGAAACAUAUAUGUAUGCAUAUGUUAACGGGGAGACGGGUGGGUUGGCAGGGGUUGAGGAGGCGGGAACAAAGACUGGAUCUAGGAACCGGUUGCCUCUGGAGCAUGGGAGGUCACCUGGGCCCACUGCCUUCCUUCUGUGUGGUGGUGGGUGUGUGUACAUGGUAUAACACCUCCCGUGUUCAUUCGCUGCCUGUCUGUAAGCGCUUUGGUGCAUGGAGCCCCAGGACCCUCACAUGGCAUUAAAGUGAAGAAUUAGAACCUGGGUGCUGUGCCUUUCUUUUUUAGGGACUUACUCUCAUCUCUCCUCUGCCCUCACGGUGCUAGCAAACAGUGUCUCGAUUUCUCCCUGAAAUGUGGUGUGUUUGGGGACGCUCAACGACGUAAACUAGGCUCUUUUCCUGAGCUCGGCAGCUGCACUUCUGCCCUGGCUUGAAGUAAAAGGGACGUGGGCCCCGUGAAGGCUGUUCUGCAGUUACUCUAGCCUUGUCUC